GAUGUCUGCGCCCAGGCCGGCGGGAAAUCGUUCCUGUGGUGCAGAAGUUACUUGGAAAUUUGCAAUAUUUUGGGGGGUCAUAUGCAUAACUUGUUUAAAAUCCUCUUUAGUACAAUCUCUCGAGACUUACGUAUACAGUCUAACAAAAAGUAAUAAUGAGCAGAAAGUUGAUUCAAGACCUACUUCAAGGCUGGUUGUAUUUUGUUAUGAAGGGGAGGAGUAUAAGGCAGUAAAGUUAUGGACUACUGCAACUCUACGGCUAAUAAUCAGUGAGGAGGACUAUGAGCUGUUCAAAGGUGCCAAUACUUCAGCUGUGCAGGAACAGUAUCACAAUGCCAUGAAGUCAUGGUUUAACUUGUUGCCAUGGAAAAAGGAGGAGGUUACCAUGGAUACCUUUAGGUUGUCAUGUCUUGGUGUGGCAACCAAAACUAGUUAUUCUGUAAAACUAAAGAUUAGAGCUAUAGACCCCUGGCUGAUCACAUACCUGUUCCUGGGACUGAUUUUGUUCUUCAAUGCCAGAAGACUCAGCAAGAACAUUGUAUUCUACUAUGGCACUGGGAUGACUGUGGGGCUGCUGGCUUCUUGUCUUAUCAUUGUGUUUAUUGUCAGCAGGUUUGUGCCCAGGAAAACAGGCUAUGUUGUGCUGGCAGGAGGUUGGUCCUUCAGUCUCUUUCUUCUUAAUGCCAUGUGGUCAAAUGUGCAGAACAUACUAGAAACAUAUUCACACUACGUCCUGGGCUACUUUGCAGUUGCAGGAUUAUUAACCUUAGCAGUACUCUACUGGCGAGGUCCAGUGACAGACCCAAGGAGUCUUAAUCUCAUAAAGUGGACAUUACAGUUAUGUGCUUUAGGCUUGGUAUAUGGAAGCACAAGACAGAUCCAGGAAGUUGCCAUUAGUACUAUCAUUGUUAUAUUAACAAUUCACUGUUUUCCAAGGAAGAUAUUACACUAUAUUUUAUCAGUGUGGAGACGGCGGUUUCCACCCAAAGUGCACCUGUUAAGUGAAGAGGAGUACCAACGCCAGGCUGAUGAGUACACGCGCCAGCAGUUGGAGAGCCUUCGCCAGUAUUGUCUCAGUCCUAAGUGUGAUGCAUGGAGGACUAUUUCCAGGAUCAAUUCUCCAUCCAGAUUUGCCAGCUUUGUGGAAGGAGACUCGCACAUCACAGACACAGAGCUCUUGGACUAUGACUCUGACCCCGCCCCUCGUUAUGGAGUGGAUCUUGAUGAUUCCGAUGAGUCAGAAAUGAGCUUCAGACUCAACUCUCCUUGACAGAGAGGGCUUAUUUCUUCAAUCACAUAUUAAUGGUUUACCAUGUUACCCAAGGGCACAAAGAUACUGUCAUUUGACCAAUAUGUUGCUGUGUGAUAAAAAAUGGCAUGGCCCAUAUCAUGCAAUGAAAGUUCUCAGGACUUUUUAUAUAUUUUAAAAAUGCGCAAACUUGAAUGUAGAUCUAGUUAUUAGCAUCUAAUUUUUUUAUUUUCACUUUGAUAUGCAUAUUAUUUCUUUUAUGUCAGAAAAAUAGCUUCAUGUCAUCUGGUAUAUCCCCACUAAAAAGAUUUUUUCUUCUGGAAAUAAGAUGCUUUUGCCUUAAUAGUGUUUUAAAUUGUUAGACUAUUUAUUAUAAGUGCAAAGAUGUGCAUGUUAUAAUUCUGGGUUUGUAAAUAUUAAUUCUCCAAUUUAAAUUGUCAAAUGUGAGUUUUAAAACAUAAGCAAGAACUUAAAAAUAAAUUGUUAUUCGAAGGUACCAUUGUGUUGAUAGCUUGCAUUUUUUUUUCAAUUAAAGUUUGUUUUAUGAAAAGUUAUUUGACUCAUCUCUUCAACCCUGCAAAUCAAUUUUGAACAAUUCAUAAUACUUAAGUUUUAAAACUCUUCAAUUUCUAUGCUGUGUUGAAAGCAUACCUGUAAGAGCUUUUGUCCUAACCUUAGAAGUUUUAAAAACUAUUAUGAACAACAUU